GGCUUUUGUGACGCGCAUGACAACCGUUGUUAAACUCAAGACGACAGUAAAUACCAAAGAGAAGCAGACGGUCCUUCAGCAAAUACAUGCAUCUGUCAGACACAGCAGAGGAGGUGUUCGCGGUUUAAAGCUCGCAGGGGGCUAUACAUGUCCAAACACGAUGCCUCACCAACAUUAAAUGGUGAAAUAUUGAAAUCCAGGCAGUUUCACUCUUCCACCCAGGAGACUCUUCACAUGAAGAGGGGCGAGAAACCCGAGGGAUACAGACAAAUGCGACCCAACACGUUCCCUGCGAGCAACUACAGUGGCAAUAGUCAACAAAUGCUGCAGGAGAUCCGAGAGAGCUUGCGGAACCUCUCCCGGUCAUCAGAUGUUCCCAAAACCGACGUGAGCGUUGGGAAGGGACCGCCGGACGAUCCCAGACAACAAGGGCGCAGCAACAACCCCAGGAACCCCCACCAUCACAGAGCACUGCAGGAGAUCCGCAGGUCACUCAUGCCAUUUGCUAAUGAAACUACCUCCAGCGGACACGCUGCAGAUAUCAACAGACACAUGCUGCAAGAGCUGCAGGAUGCUGGCUUUGAUGAGGUAAUGGACCUUUACAUCAGUAGGAUGAACUUCCAGGAGCCUGCGAGGGAGCAGAGAACGGCACGCCCUGUCAACACGGCCAUAAAACAAGCAGGUCCAUCCCAAAUCCCACAGGCACUGUUGCGGCACCAAAGCUGGAAGGGUUCAAAGGAAUCUCUAGCCCCACAGCGGCACAGUGCUCUAAUGUCUGAUGGCAUGAUUUACCGUCCCAGUAGCCCUGGACCUCAAAGCGACCUCUCACGGCCUGCUACCUUUCCUCAAAAUCUUGCUGCUGGAGCUAGCAGUCAGCGAGUGAACCUUCCCCUCCCACGGCAGGUGCGUAGCAUCACUCCUCCUCCCUCCUCAUGGGACUCCAAUCCCGCAACCAAGUGGUAUUCUGGGAACUUGGAUUACUUGGUGCCUCGGAUCUCUCCUGUGCCUCAGGGGCCCCGACCCGAUGGUUAUAUAAACUCUCCGUCUCAGGCACAGCGAGGGAUCAGUCCAGUGCCAGUGGGUCGGCAACCCAUCAUCAUGCAAAACUCGGGGGGCAACAAGUUCACCUUCCCUCCGUCCUGGCUUCAGAAUGGCAACAUACAAAGUGAGUAUGUGGGCAUUAAUAGCAGUGGCUGGCAGCCACCACCACCUCCGUAUCCCAUGCACCAGACUAGCCGACAGAGUCCCACGGCCCAGCAGAUGCAAUCCAGCGCUCUUGCUGCACCCUUAAACGGAGCCAACAAAAGUGCCCCAAGCAUGCUGGUGCCCAACCGCAAUAGCCACAACCUUGAUAUGUACAACCUUGGGGUACUAGCCCAGGUCAGACCUCCUGUGCAGCAGGCUCAGACUUCCCCCGGUCACAGCACCAAUCAGGAUGUUCCUUCGUCAUGGCCCCAUAGUGUGCCGGGGCGCUCCAACUCCUUCACCAAUGCUCAGCCCAGUGGACGUCAGUGCCCAUCUGUGCCCAGCUCUCAACCUUCCGGCACUACGGUCACCACCAUUACACAGGCCCCCAUUUUGCAGCCGGUAAAGAGUAUGCGUGUGCAGAAGCCAGAGCUGCACACCGCCGUGGCCCCUACGCUCCCACCUUGGAUGCAGCAGCCACCCCCUCCAGCCUCUGCUUAUCAAGAACCAUCUGCUCCCACGGCUGCCCCCGAAGUCCCGAGCUACCAAGGCCCACCCCCUCCUUAUCCUAAACACCUGCUACAGCAGUCACCUCCACCAGGGUACGACCCCAACCCAGGCCCAAAACCUAGCAACAAAGAAGAGGAUGGAGUCGACAAUGACAAUGACACUGACAGCACCUGCUCCAGCGAGCGUGCUGAGGGCUCUGAGGAACGCGAGAAGAAACAAAUCACGACAUCUCCAGUGCCGGUGCGGCGUUGUAAACGUGACGAGGAGCGCAAGGGGGAAAGCAGAGUUCCCAUGUACUCCCCACAGGCUUUCAAGUUCUUUAUGGAGCAGCAUGUGGAGAACGUCCUGAAGAAUAACCAGCAGAGGAUCCGAAGGAAGAAGCAGUUGGAGAGUGAGAUGCAGCGGGUGGGACUUUCAAGUGAUGCACAGGAGCAGAUGCGCAUGAUGCUGUGCCAGAAAGAAUCCAACUACAUCCGCCUCAAGCGCGCCAAAAUGGACAAAUCCAUGUUUGAAAAGAUCAAGACUUUGGGAAUCGGGGCGUUUGGAGAAGUGUGUUUGGCUCGGAAAGUGGACACUGGAGCACUGUAUGCCAUGAAGACCCUCCGUAAAAAAGAUGUACUGUUGCGGAACCAGGUGGCCCAUGUGAAAGCUGAGCGGGAUAUUCUCGCUGAAGCUGAUAAUGAGUGGGUUGUAAGGUUGUACUACUCGUUUCAGGAUAAAGAUAACUUGUAUUUUGUCAUGGACUACAUCCCUGGUGGGGACAUGAUGAGUCUUUUGAUCAGAAUGGGCAUUUUCCAAGAGGACUUGGCUCAAUUUUACAUUGCCGAGCUCACCUGUGCUGUGGAAAGCGCCCACAAAAUGGGUUUUAUCCAUCGAGACAUCAAACCUGACAACAUCCUAAUUGAUCGUGAUGGACACAUUAAACUGACAGACUUUGGCCUGUGCACUGGCUUCCGAUGGACUCACGACUCCAAAUACUACCAAAGCGGUGAUCACGUGCGUCAGGACAGUAUGGACUUCAGUAAGGAAUGGGAGGAUAGUGCUAAUUGUCGCUGUGGAGACCGACUGAAGCCACUGGAGCGCAGAGCUGCUAGACAACAUCAGCGCUGCUUGGCACACUCAUUGGUGGGCACUCCCAAUUACAUCGCACCUGAGGUUCUGCUGCGCACAGGUUACACCCAGCUCUGUGAUUGGUGGAGUGUGGGUGUUAUCCUCUAUGAGAUGGUAGUCGGUCAGCCUCCUUUUCUGGCAACAACUCCUCUUGAGACCCAGAUGAAGGUGAUAAACUGGCAGAUGACCCUACACAUUCCCCUGCAGGCCAAGCUGAGUCCGGAGGCCACCGACCUGAUCCUGAAGCUCUGCCGUGGCCCGGAAGACCGGCUUGGGAAAAAUGGAGCUGAUGAGAUUAAAGCCCAUCCCUUCUUCAAAAGCAUUGACUUCUCCACAGAUCUGCGGCAGCAACACCAUGCGCCUUACAUUCCCAAAAUCACACACUGCACUGACACCUCCAACUUUGACCCCGUUGACCCCGACAAACUCUGGAGCGACGAUGCUGACAGCAACCACAACGACACGCUCAACUGCUGGUUCAAGAACGGCAAGCACCCGGAGCACGCCUUCUACGAGUUCACCUUCCGCCGCUUCUUCGACGAUAACGGCCACCCGUACAGCUGUCCCAAGCCCAUCGAGUGCGAGGAUUAUGACGGGGAGGAGGACGAGCCCAUCAACCCGUCGAAGGGGUUCGGGCCAGAACAGGGGCGGGAUUUAGUGUAUGUUUAGUGUGAAAUCAAAAGAAACCAACCAGAAAUAGUUUUAUAUGAGCAGAAAUAAAGCAAGCCUGUAAUGUAGGACCAUUCAUAUCAGCAUUGUGAUUAUUUUCAUGACGAGUACAUUUCAAACCUCAAUUUCUCAUUACUGUAAUGCAAACAAAUGUGUCUAAUAAUAAUUAAACAUCAUAGUAGUAUUUUUUUCACUGCCUUUAUGCUGGUGUGAAGAAAUAAUGCAUGACUUUGCAUUACUGUAAAACAUUUAUUUUACAUAAAAAUAACUAUAAUGCAAUUAAAACAAUGAAAAUGACAAAUUCAAAAAUAAAAUAUUUGAACGUAAAAGGAAUUUUGGGGGGAAACGUGUUUAAUUCUCAUGAACAUGGCAACAAUUUUAAAAGGCCUAAAAACUGGCUGAUUUUUAUUAUGCAAAAUAUAAUUUCUUAAUUCUUUUGAUUUAUUGGUAACAUCGGGGCGUAUUUUCACGAGACAGACCUGUGUAGGAUGUGAGCGUGUUUUUUUUAUUUAUUGUAUAUAUAUGUUUAUGUAUGUUUUCUCUCUUCCGUCUAUGGUGGUGACUGGUUGAGUCUGCCUUGACACUUUGUGCUGUAUUUAUUAUUUUAGUUCAGGAUGCACUUGUCUGGUGCCUUUUAAACAACCGAGAAUCUAAUGAUGCAGUGGAGCUCUGUAUUUUUACUCUUUAAUUUAUUUAAAGACUUUUUUUUUUUAAAUGGUAGCUGAAACAAGUUGAGUAUUUUCUUCCUGAAAUGAUGUCUUUAUUUAUGAUUGUAUGGAUUUGUUUCUUGUUCUUAGCGGCACAGGGCAUUAGAAUGCACAGGGACUUUGAUUUUAUGCUUUCUUUCACCAAAACUACAAGGGGGAUCAUCAUGUACGCUGACCGUUCAUUAUACAAGUUCCCAAAAAGAAACAUUGUAAAUUGUUGCUCUGUGAAUUUUUUAUUUAUACACAUAAAAAUUGUAUAUAUAAGUUAUGCAGUGUAAAUGAGUACUUUUCUCCCUGUUCUUAGUUCCAAAGGUUUAGGAAAGGAACCAUGGGCUAGAUCCUGUUCUGUUCAACAGGAUAUGAUGUCAAAACAUGUUCUACCGUACAUAUCACUACAGAUCCUGAGCAAAACACAUUUGAGAUCCCUGCUCUGGGUUCUCUCUCUGCUACGAAGAGAUCUUGCUGUGUCACUACCAAAGCCUUGUUUUUCUGCAAGAAGUCUCCUGGCGUCAUUGUUUUAUUAUAUUUUUCUGAAAUGUCUCUAAGAUACUGUGCAUCUCAUAAUGUAAUAAGGAACUCCUUUUCUUUAAUUAAACUGGUGGUCUUAUACCCAG